AUGGAAGCUCCUUCUCUCUCCCUAACCACGCCGGUUGUCGGUUAUCCAAGAAAACACAAAGAAAGGCAAAAGCUGGAUUGGCUGAAGGAUUACCUUCGCGGAAUAGCAACGAAGAUCUUGCCUCUUGAAAAAAUUAAAAUGACUGCUGAAUGGGUUAACCAAUACACGAUUCUGAAAGAUGUAACUAACAUGUUACCAGAUAAAAAUACAGUCGAGAUAAAUUUUGAUAACAAAAAAAGCACCUGCUCUAUCUGUGGGUCCUGUAACUGUGCCCAUAUAUCGGACACAACUGAAGGACUACAAAAAGAUCCGUACGAUUUUGAUGCUUGGAGCCAAAAGAGUAUUUCUAACAGACCAGAAAACGUACAAUCUUUUAAAUUAGGGGUUUAUAAUGAGUCUAUUAGAUCUGAUGAGAUUCCUUUGGCAAAGGCUUUGGCGGGUUAUGUUCACGACGAUGACUCAACAUAUUUAGAAAACAGUAACAGGGCAAAUUCUAACAGUUCUGAAAAUUAUUUAGAAAACGAUGAUGCAAGAUCUGUAAGUCCUGAGACUGUCGAUGACGAUAAAGAUAAAGAUUUUGUCAUAGAAGACUAUUUAAGUUGCAGCAAAAUCAGCAAAGAAAUAAACAAUUUGACUAUUUUAGAAAACUGCUCUUUAAAAUCGUCAGACGACUUAGAGAAUUCACAAAAAGCUGAGUCGUCAAAUAAAAAUCGAAAAUUAUUAGUAUCUAAUGCAAAGCUAAAUAGCACAAAAAAACCAACAAAAUGCAAGUUUUGUGCGUUGGAUAUUAUAUCAAAGAAUUUCGUAAGACAUAUUGAAACUCACCACCAUGAUGAAAAAGAAGUAAAAAAGAUUUUAGAAUAUCCUAAAUCUAGCAAAGAGAGACGACUUGCUUUUAGUCUGCUGAGAAAUUCCACUAAUUUCGAUCUUUAUAUUAAAGGAGAAUUACGUCCUUAUAGAGAAACGAAACAACAACACACUACCUUAUAUUAUCCCUGUAUAUAUUGUAAAGGGUUGUAUAAAAAAGCGUAUCUAAGAAGGCAUACAAAGAGAUGUCCAGCUAAGAAUAAUAAUUCUGCGUCUAAUGUGCCUAAAUGUUAUGUUUCUAAUUCACAAACAAUGGCUGCUUGUGCAAUGGAUACCACUAAUGUGAUAUCUUUAUUAAACCUUAAAGAGCAGGUUUUUAAUUUAAUGAAAGGUGAUGAGAUAUCAUUUGAAGCAAAAAAGGAUCUUCUGAUAAUUCAUUUCGGAGAAUCUUACUUAAAAAACAUAGGCGAGAACGGAAAGAAUAUGCCACAAGCUGUAGGAUGAGAGAGCUUUCGAGAUUAUUAAUUGCCUUCAGAAAUGUGGUACAGGAAAAAGAAUUAUCUUUUAAGGAUAUGUUAAAACCAAAAUAUUUUGAUGCUAUAUUAGUUGCUACGAGAAAUAUUUCUGGUUUUGAUCCUGUAAAAAAGUUAUAUGCAACACCUAGCCUUGCGAUGCACUUAGGCACUUACCUAAAACAGGCGUGCGAUGAACUUAAUCAUCUGAUUUUAAAAGAGAGCCCAGGUUUUACAUGCCAAUCUAAAGAAGAAUUAACCACGUGGCAAAAAGAUAUAAAAAUUUUUAAAACCUUAGUGUCCACUCGAUGGAAUACGGAAAUAUCUUCAAUAGCCAAUAAGGAUUUGUUGGAAAAUAGGUGGAACAAACCGCUUCUUGUACCAUUAGUUAGCGACAUCAAAAUCUUUAAAGAUCAAAGCGAAAAUCUUGCUAGAGACUGCCAGGAACAGUUUUUAAACGGAACAGACGAUAUGGAGACUUACAAACUAAUGGUAAAUUGUACGUUGGCAUUACUUAUUCUUUUUAACAGAAGACGAAUCGGCGAUGUUCAAUAUUUGAAAGUUAAGGACUAUACAAAUGAAAACAAAUCUAAUUUCAAAGACUUCGAGAGUGCUUUGACAGAAGCAGAAAAAAUAUUAACUCAGAAGUACAAGCGAGUAGUUAAUAGCGGAAAAGGAUCCAGAGCUGUGGUAAUACUAGUACCUGACAUGCUGCAGGAAUUUAUAAAUACUUUGUUAGAUCACAGAGAAAAACACAUACCUUCCAAUAAUGAAUACAUUUUUGCAAUUCCCAAAAGCAAAGUUAAGUGGGGACAAGGUGACGUUGCAAUACGAAAUUUAACAAAAAGAAUUAAGCUUAAACAUCCGGAG